AUGGAACUUCCUCAUUCCCCGUCACCUCAUGACUUCCAUUUUCCCGAAUACUUCCAUUCUCCACGGACUCUAGAAGCUGUUACUCAUCCUGUAGAAGCUCCACGCUCUCCAGCAUCGGUUGAAUUUCCUGGUUCUGAAGAUGGACAUCUGGUUGCGCGUGUGCCUUCCCUGGCCCCUUCGCCAUCGACACCAAGUCCAGUUCUCCAAGCUCCUCCACCGCCUGUAGCCGGAACACCGCCGCCACCUGUAAGGCGGGCACUACCUCCUCCUCCAGGACGCGGCAACAUUUGCAGCACGGACGAUACACGAGCCCAUGCCUGA